AUGCCGCCCACGGACUAUCAUGGACCCGUUCCCGAUCCGACUUACAUCGCCACUCAGUGGCUCGAGGGUCUGGCAGCCGCAGCCAAUGAUGCAGAUAUCGACGCUUUUGCGGGGUCGCUCGUAGCAGCAGGAUGGAUGAGAGCCAACCACCUUCAACCAGACCUCUUAUGCUUCUCGUGGGACUACAGAUGCCUGAAUGGAAACGAGAAUAUUACCACAUUCCUAAGCGAGUCUAUCCGUGGUCAAACCCGACUCAACGCAGCUGGACUUCAUAGCUUCCAGGUUCAGGCAACCUCCACUCUUGGGCCUCCUGCAUUAGUCUCUUCCCCCCUAGAUCCCAGUGCGCAGGCCAUACAGGCUGUUUUUGAAUAUUCAAUCUCCUCUCCCCCGGGUCGCGGGAGAGGUUUUGUCCGUCUUGUCGAGGAGCAGAGGCAUGAAUGGAAGGCAUUGACGAUUCUUUUCACGCUCCAUGAAAUCAAGGGGCAUGAGGAGCCCCGCGUGCGCCCCACGGGUCUUUUUCCUGACUUUGUUACAUGGGAUGAGAUCGAACGCGAGCGCAAAGGGGCGAUCGAGGGCGAUCCAACCGUACUCAUUGCUAAUGUCAAACUCGUAGUGGGCGGUAGUCUCACAGGCCUGAUUUGCGCAGCGCGACUGACUAAACUAAAUGUGCGAGCUCUCGUGAUUGAGAAGGAUGCGCGAAUCGGUGACGUUUGGAGAAACCGCAAAUUGUUCCCCAAGUAUAUUCCUCGUGUCAAACUUGCCGAUUUCCUAGAGGCCUACGCUACCGGAGAGGAUCUUGUUGUAUGGACCUCAUGCGAGCUGCUUCCCAUUCCAAAAUACGACUCUGCAAGUAAACACUGGUCUGUGACCAUACAUCGAGGCGGAGAAAGGCAGACCCUAAGGCCGAAGCACAUUAUCAUGGCAACCGGGAACGGCAAGGCAUAUAAGCCGGAAUUUCCAGGGAUCGAGAAAUUCAUCGGGCUUGUCUAUCACUCGGAUGAUCACCGCGGUGCGACCCCAUUCAAAGGUAAACGCGCCGUGGUUGUUGGUGCGUGCAACGCUGCCGCCGACAUGUGCAUAGACUUCUUUGCCAAAGGUGCACACAGUGUGACCAUGAUCCAGCGCAGCGCCACUUGUGUUAUCAGUGCGAAUGCAGCGGACACGCUUGUGUACGACAGGGUGUAUAAUGAACGCUUUGCGGUCGAGGAUGCGGAUUUUGGGAGCCUGUCAAUGCCUACACGGUUGGGUCUCAAACUCGCUGCCGCGGGUAGUACCAAGGUGGCAAAAGCGUUUGAUAAAGAGCUCUUUGAUGGCCUCGAGCGCGCUGGCUUUGCGCUUACCUGGGAGCUGACGCCCGGUGGUGGAGAAGUUGGCGCAGUAGGCUUCGUUGCCGAGCGCGCGGGAGCGGGCUCCAUGAUGGACUUGGGUUGUGGCCGACUUAUUAUUGAUGGCAAGGUCGAGGUAAAACGCGGUUCGAUUGCCAGGCUCGAAGCGGACAGCGUGGUCUUCGAAGAUGAGUCCCGCGUCGGCGCGGAUGUUCUUGUCCUUGCCACUGGCUACAAGCCUGUGAUUGACAACAUCAAGGAGCUUUUUGGCCCCGAGAUAACAGACACCAUUGGCUUUCGUCUCGGCGGGAUAGAUGAGGAAGGAGAACACAUGAGGGCCUACCGGCCUUCAGGACACGCGGGUCUCUGGUUCGCAUUGGGCCUGUUGCCACAGAUUCGUGCCUUCAGUAAAUACCUGAUUCUCGCUGAGGAAUUGGGUUUGAAGGAGACCGAACCGGUGUAA